CUAUGAGUAGAUCUCUCGAAGACUCUAUAUUUUUUUAUUUCUUUUAUGUGAGUGAACCGCUCAAAAACUGUCCUAAAGUGUUGAUCCAAAAAGGGGCAUUACGACAAUUAUCUAUUAUCUGCAUUAUUGGACUCUCACCUCACCUCCAUCCCAAAUUGCCGAUAUCAUCUCUCUCUCUCUCUCUCUCUCUCUCUCUCUAGCUAUCUCCAUGGCUGCAACAGGUCCAACGUUCAAUAUCCACUACUCUUCACAAGUUCCCCAUGAUCAGCCAGCCAAACUGAUGACCAGCAUCAAAAAGCUUGCAGAAUCACCAGGCAUCACCUUCAUCCCUCCCACUUAUACCUGCACAAACAAUCCCCAUGAUGACCUGGCAGCUUUGAUAGAUACAGAGUCAACGAUCCCCACCGUUGACUUUUCUCUCCUCACAUCUGGCACUCCCCAACAGCGCUCCCAAGCCAUCCAUGACCUUGGCAAAGCCUGCCAGGACUGGGGCUUCUUCUUGGUGAUCAAUCAUGGUGUGCCAGAGAGUCUGAUGAAGGCGAUCUUGGAAGGGGUACAAGGGUUUUUUGAUCUGACGGAGGAGGAGAAGCACGAGUUUGAGGGGAAGCAUGUACUGGAUCCAAUCAGGUGUGGGACCAGCUUCAAUGCCUCGGUGGACAAGGUGAUGUUUUGGAGGGAUUUUCUCAAGGUUUUUGUAUAUCCUGAGUUCCACUUCCCCACUAAACCUGCUGGCUUCAGUGAGCUUGCAUUAGAGUACUGCAAAAGAACGCGACAAGUGACAAGAGAACUCCUGAAAGGAAUAUCAGAGAGCUUGGGAUUGGAAGCCAGCGACUUAGAGAAGUUCUUGAAUGUUGAGUCAGGCUUGCAGAUCUUCAUUGCAAACCUUUAUCCUCCAUGUCCACAGCCAGAGCUUGCCUUGGGAAUGCCACCUCAUUCUGAUCAUGGCCUCUUGACCCUCCUUAUACAAAAUGGCAUUAAUGGCCUUCAAGUGCAACACAAGGGUAAAUGGGUCAAUGUCAAUGCCAUGCCCAACUCCUUUCUUGUUAACACUGGUGAUCACCUGGAGAUUUUUAGCAAUGGGAAGUACAGGAGCAAUAUUCAUCGAGCAGUGCUGACCAACAAAGCUACAAGAAUAUCCCUUGCCACUCCAACUGGUCCAUCUCUUGAAACAGUAGCUACGCCUGCACCCGAGCUCAUAAACAAUGAAAACCGAAAGCCAGCAUAUAUUGGGAUGAAGUAUAAAGAUUACUUGGAGCUUCAACAAAGCAGCAUGCUUGAUGGCAAAUCCAUCUUGGAUCGUGUACGGGUUUCAAACUCUGAAUAAAUCGGUGGCUGCUCUGUCUGGUGCUUCUACAAUUAUUGUGCUUAAUUAAUUAGUACAAUGCUCUAAUAAACCAAAGUUGUAAUAUCACCAGAACAAGUUUGUCAAAUGUAAGCAAUAUCCAAACUUGUAUGAUUAUAAACAUUUUAGAAAAUGCUCCUUAUCCCUCAAGUUUGUAUAAUGGGGUAUAAUGGUAACUAGAUCGACAUUAAUUGCUGUAGGAGUGGAGCUCAUAAGGUGAAAUGCAAGAAUUGAUGGAAACAACUUAAUGAAUAGUGUGGUUGGGACUUUCA